CAGCAAUUUGCUAGUGGGUAUACGCGCUUGGACCCGGGUCCAGAGUUCUCUCCUUGCGUACUGUGUUUCUGUAAUGGGCAUUCAAAGGAAUGUCACCCUGAAAAUGGCCAGUGCUUGGUGAGUUUUAUAUUUGCUCUCUUUGUUAACAAUCCGCAAAUCGCAUUAAAAAAGUUUAGAGCGUCUGCGACGCAGGCAAAAAAAGAAAUAAUGUUGAAACCUCACCAAAACGUGUAAACUCAUCCUAAUCGACGUGGAGAAAAAUCCAAUAUUAUUGUUUUGCUGAUCUUUUUAAAUGAAUGUUCAAAGGUAUUGUAUUUCUCACAAGCCAUUUUGAAACAAUAACAAAAAAUGGAUCUAACUCUAUGACGCCCCUACUCAGUAAAAUAAUCCAGUUUCGAGUUGGCUGUCGCCUGUUGAAUGAAAUAAGUGAAGGAGCAUUUAUUUUUUACAGGCGUAGCCUCCAUCUGAAGUAAACAUAAAUUAUAGGACGUUGUAUGAGAAAUAUUCUUUGCUCACUAAAUUAAUAAAAUGUGCAUUGAAUAUCGCCCUGAAGCUCACCUUUAGCCUUUUCUUGUUUUUCUUUGUGUUCUGAAUACAUUUCAGACCUCCUAGGCACUGUUUAAUGCCUUUUUUUGAGCGACAGUUUUUGACCCAGACGACAGUAUGGUCAUAUUAAUUCUUUUAAAUUUCAUUCUUAAAAUCGCACUUGUAGAAAUGUCUAUCGUGUUUAUAAAAACCUUGCACUCGCUUGUUUUAUAUGUAAUAAUAUUGGUUAUCUACAUUCUUUUUGAUAAUUAUGUAUUUAUUACUAUUUCCUUGGUUGCGAAUUCCAGGCUUGUGAUCACAAUACCGCAGGCGUCAAAUGCGAGAAGUGUGCUGUUGCUUACUAUGGCGACGCCACCAAAGGAACGUCUAAAGACUGUGAACCGUGUCCGUGUCCUCUGAUGACCCCAUCCAAUCAGUAAGUACCUCAGAGAUCCGGUUAACUCCUGCCCACCCAUGAGAGGCCCAUGGGAGCUCUUUCUUGUCCAGCUUCAAUUUUAUCUUUGCAAUCCUUUUUAAUACGGUAAUUUAUGAAAAUGAUUUUAAAUCAAAGGAAAAAAUUAACCCAAGGAUAAAACCAAAGCACAAUCUAAACGUUGCCUAUCAAGAUUCCGGCCUCAGAUGUCCCGUUUUUUCUAAGCCUUGGGUUCCGACUAUGUUGGCUAUUGCAUCGAACAUAUCAUCAAGCUACGCUGUGAAGUCAUUAUGGAAACUCACACAAUGUAAACCACUCUUGUCUCACCUUAUUUACUCUUAAUUGGAGAGUGUGACCUGAUUCUGAUCAAUGGUGCUGAUGUAACUGUUUAACAGGUUCAGCCGAAUUUGCAAGCUAGACACGGACGGCAGACCAACGUGUACCUCAUGUCAACCUGGUUAUACUGGGAGGAACUGUGAAAGG